ACCCCUUUUCCCAACUGUAAAAGAACAAGAAAGAUGGAGAACAAGGUGGAGCAGAAACGUUCCAUGUUUCUCUUAGCUGCUGUCUUGCCUUGCCUACCAGCUGGCUCCUCAUAGAACAAUUUUUUAAGAACAUCUAUUUCAAAGAUUUCAAAUAAUUUCUGAAAUGUUUUUUUCCAUUGUGACUUGUGACUUCUGCCUUGAUUUGCCUCUGCUCUUAAACACACAUGAAGAACAGAAAGCCACACUGUGGGAUCUUAGUCUUUUGAUAUGCUUUGCUGCUCUUGGAUCAUUUCUGGAACAUCUGAUGGUCCGGACCCUAUUUGUCAGUGGUCUCCCUCUGGAUAUCAAACCUCGGGAGCUCUAUCUGCUUUUCAGACCAUUUAAGGGCUACGAGGGUUCUCUUAUAAAGCUCACAUCUAAGCAGCCCGUAGGUUUUGUCAGUUUUGACAGUCGCUCAGAAGCAGAAGCUGCAAAGAAUGCUUUGAAUGGCAUACGCUUCGAUCCUGAAAUUCCGCAAACACUACGACUAGAGUUUGCUAAGGCAAACACAAAGAUGGCCAAGAACAAACUAGUAGGGACUCCAAACCCCAGUACUCCUCUGCCCAACACUGUACCUCAGUUCAUUGCCAGAGAGCCAUAUGAGCUCACAGUGCCUGCACUUUACCCCAGUAGCCCUGAAGUGUGGGCCCCGUACCCUCUGUACCCAGCGGAGUUAGCGCCUGCUCUGCCUCCUCCUGCUUUCUCCUACCCCGCUUCACUGCAUGCCCAGGAAGGCAGCUCCAACUCUGCUCUUUGCUUAGUGAGCAAGUGGAUUCAGAUGCACAAAGCCAUAAGCCAUGGAUGCGCUGGCUCCCUCCCUCAGAGGCUACUUCUCAGGGCUGGAAGUCCCGUCAGUUCUGCUGAAUACUGUGUUCCAGGUGUGUGAUGGUGGCUGCAAUCUGUCUUGUGGGUAUUAAUGCAAUCUUCAGUGGUGGCUACUGUUCUCGAGCUGUUCUACAAAACUGGAGCGUGCUGCCCUUUCUUGGUGACUCAGGGACACUUUGAUGAGCCUCUUCAGAAAUAGGGUGAUGACUGCCCUUGGGCAGUAACUGAAUUAGAGGAUCCUCACUGAAUUCCUCCAGACUGCUGGGCUCUUCAGGUGGGCGAUGAUUUUGGUGAUUUGUGUAUCUUUUCACUCGAUACCAACUGUUACUUCUUCGUCCAACUGCUUCUAGCAGCAGGUGUAGUCUUAAUAACGUAGCACUCCCAGAGCUGACCUGCCUGCCAGGCACCCCCUGCAGGGGCUUCCAGUCUCUCUGAAAAGCUUGGCCUAGAACAGCAGGAACGCCAGGGGCAGGCCAACAGAGGGUAUGUCUCAGCCCAAAUAAGGUGGCAAAUUUCAUCCCUACAAGGGGCCUGCAAAGAAGAGAUGAGUCAGAAAGAGGGCAAGAUUCCUGCUAAGGACAGAGAGCCGAGAAGCUCUGGCCAGGGAGGUCAUUACCGCAUUUUUGGGGCUUAAGCAAUUUCGUGCUUAGAAUAGUACGUUUCGGGGCCUGUCCAGAGGUGCAGGCGGCCGGUGUGUGCGGGUUUGGCAGCCUGCCUCCCCCGACCUGCACAGGAAGCUAGCAGCCUGCACUUGGGGUCUGUGUUCCACUGCAAUCCCUCUCUCACUAACCAGACUUACCGACAGGUAAACGUUUUUCCACAUCACACAGGGCAGCUGAUAUUGAUCCCACUAAUUCCACAGCCUUCUAAUUUUUUAGAUUUUCCUUUUGUCAUGGUUCUGAAUAGUAGUGCCCACAAUAUUACCGAUAUUAUCACUCAGUAAAACUUUUUUUUAAAAGACAAGAUUUUGUUUUGUUUUUUUUUUCUCCUCUUCUGGGGAAAUUUAAAGACCAAUUAACAAGCCACCCAUACAGUUUUUUGGAAGCAGGUUAGAAUGCUGAUUUUUU